UUCAUACACAUUCGUAUCGUACACACGUGUGUGGAAAUUGCAGAGUAAAGUCGUAUCGCAUUUCGAAGGAGAUUUGUCCCACGACGAGAACGUUUCUUGCCGUUACUGUCAAGUGUCCUGCUUCGCGAUGCCGGGCGGGGAGGAGGCAGCACGGAGUGUCAAACUGACCCUGACAAGAAGUGAAAUCUUUGGGCUUGUCUUCCGGCUUGCCGUGCUUGGGGUGUCCACCUACUUUGGAGUGAGAUGGAUUGUCAAAGCCAUGGACCCAACUCGGAAACAAAAACAGGAAGCCCAAGAACAGGCCCAGAAGCUGAUGAAGAGCAUCGGUGUGAAGGGAGUCAAGCUGAGCGACUACGAGAUGAGCAUAGCUGCCCAGCUGGUGGACCCCCUGACCCUGUCCAUCUCCUGGGCUGAUAUCGGUGGACUGGAGAACAUCUGCCGGGAGAUCAGGGAGACCAUCUUGCUGCCAAUGAAGAAGAAACACCUCUUUAAAGAGUCGGUGCUCCUGCAGCCUCCCAAAGGUGUGUUGCUCUACGGCCCGCCUGGCUGCGGGAAGACCAUGAUCGCCAAGGCCAUAGCCAAGGAUGCUGGCUGUCGCUUUGUUAAUCUCCAAGCGUCGAACCUCACCGACAAGUGGUACGGCGAAUCACAGAAACUGGCCUCAGCUGUCUUUUCGCUGGCAAUCAAGUUGCAACCAGCCAUCAUCUUCAUCGACGAGAUUGACUCCUUCCUGAGGUCACGGGCCAGCCACGACCACGAGGCGACGGCUAUGAUGAAGGCGCAGUUCAUGACCAUGUGGGACGGGCUGAUCACCGACAAAAACUGCGAUGUCAUCUUAAUGGGCGCCACAAACCGACCACGAGACGUAGACCCCGCAAUUCUGCGCCGAAUGCCCACCACCUUCCACAUUGGUCUGCCUGGAAAGAGGGAACGUGAGAGUAUAUUAAAAAUAAUCCUCCGCUCAGAAAAACUAGCAGACACUGUCAGUCUUUUGGAGGUAGCUGAUCAGACAGACGGCUUCUCAGGGAGUGACUUGCGAGAGAUGUGUCGCAACGCUUGCAUCUACACAAUGAGAGACUACAUGAGGAACCAGCCAGCUGUCAACAGCAACGAAGUGGAGGCCGACGACGGUGCUGAGGAGUCACUGCGUCCUGUCUCCAUGGAUGACCUCUUGACAUCGCUGCAGAAGACGCGCGAGACCAAGCAGCUGCAGCCGGGAGCCGCCAACAACAGCGCCAUUCCACUGGACUAGAGUAAGCAUUGCCACUCCCCCUGGAAAUCCAUGCUUAGGCUUUAGAUGGCAGAGGGAGGAGAGGCAGUUUUCUCACUCACCCUACCGCCUUGCCAAGGAUCUGCCUCUCACUAAGAUUAACUUAGUUGAAAGUGGCGCCCUUGCCAAGUUCUUUGUGGUUUCUGCUUGGAGACUUGCUGAGGCUGUUCCCACUUGCCACUCGAACUGACAAUCUCUCAGUCCCAUUCUGUCAGCAUGAAAAGAGUGCAGUUGGUGUUUCGUGCCCAAAAGAAUGGUCCAUAUAUGUGGCCCCCUCUGCGAAAAGGAGUCUUAAGUCGCCAGAGCCACUUUGGAGUAAAAAGUCCUUUAGACUAAUUUGGCACAGUGUAAAUCAACAGGAACCCACAGCAUUUUCAGCAUGGAAUAUCCACUUUUGUCAGGAUGCCAGACUGCGUGAUACAUCAAAACAAAAAGCUUUAUUUGCUCUUUCGAAUACAAAUGAAAACUCAAAAAGUGGCUCUGGCAACUUAAGACUCCUUUUCGCAGAGUGGGCCACAUAUAGUCAUGACACGUUCAAAGUGGACACAACACAUACUGAGCAAGAAACCCCUUGGUAACAUUUUUAAGUGAUGAAUAUUUUUUAAAAAUACAGUGUGUUGAUUGAACAUUGCAAACAACAUGUAGUUCUUGUUCUGCGCAGGACAGCCUCAAAACGGUUUGGUUGUCAUAUUCGUCAUACAUGUGUAACCUUUACACGUAUCCAUUUUUAAAAUCCAGACAAGAUAAACCAGUCACUUGACGGGAGACUACUUUCAUUUUAUUUUUUAAAAUCUUUGCGAGAAAAUCAUGAAACGGGGAUCCGUCGUAUAAGAGUUAAA